ACCGAGGAAGGCCUACCAGAAAGAAACCAAGUGUCAAAUCGUUUUCCGAAAUAGUACUAAGUUCCAAACAACUCUUUCAAAAUGAUGCAAGGAUGUAUGUUUAAUGUAGACGGGGGAUAUUUAGAAGGACUCUGCAGAGGGUUUAAAUGUGGAAUAUUGAAGCAGGCUGAUUAUUUGAACUUGGUGCAGUGCGAGACGCUUGAAGACUUAAAACUUCACCUCCAAGGCACUGAUUAUGGCAGCUUUUUGGCGAACGAACCAAGCCCUCUUGCUGUCUCAGUUAUUGAUGACAAACUCCGUGAAAAACUUGUCAUUGAGUUCCAGCAUCUCCGCAAUCAUGCUGUUGAACCUCUCUCCACUUUUUUGGAUUUCAUCACGUACAGUUACAUGAUUGACAACAUCAUUCUGCUGAUUACUGGGACGCUGCAUCAGAGGCCCAUCUCUGAGCUGAUACCCAAGUGCCAUCCGUUAGGCAGCUUUGAGCAGAUGGAGGCCAUUCACGUGGCGGCUACUCCAGCCGAGCUGUACAACGCCGUCUUGGUGGACACUCCUCUCGCUCCAUUUUUCGUGGACUGUAUCAGUGAGCAAGAUUUGGACGAGAUGAACAUUGAAAUCAUCAGGAACACCUUGUACAAGGCGUACCUGGAGGCGUUCUAUGAAUUCUGCAAGAAGCUGGGCGGCACCACCGCAGACGCCAUGUGCGAGAUAUUAGCAUUUGAGGCAGACAGGAGGGCAAUCAUCAUUACCAUCAACUCGUUCGGAACCGAGCUGACAAAGGAUGACCGAGCGAAGCUGUACCCUCGCUGUGGGAAAUUAAACCCUGAUGGAUUGGCAGCCCUGGCUCGUGCCGACGACUACGAACAAGUCAAGCAAGUCGCUGAAUACUAUGCAGAGUAUAGCGCCUUGUUUGAAGGAGCUGGGAACAACCCUGGGGAAAAGACUUUGGAGGAUCGGUUCUUUGAGCAUGAGGUGCACCUGAACGUGUAUGCGUUCCUGCAGCAGUUCCACUUUGGAGUGUUCUUCUCCUACCUGAAGCUAAAGGAGCAAGAAUGUCGUAACAUUGUGUGGAUCGCCGAGUGUGUCGCACAGAAACACCGGGCCAAGAUCGACAACUACAUCCCCAUAUUCUAAUUGGUAUACUCUGUGUAAUACACUGUGAUAGUGUUCUUUAAAGUACGACCCCUCCAAAUUUUAGUUAAAAAUCUUGCAAAAAGUGUCAUUAAUUUGUAUUGACCACUUUGGGUGGGUUCACAUAAUUUUCAAAAUGAAAAGCUUUGUUUUGCUCCAAAGUGGAUUUAAUUUACAUAAAGACUUCCUAUAUAAAUAAUGUGUAUUGCUUCGGUUUCUAUUUGUUAACAUUUUCUCAUGAGAAAAUACAUAAUAUCCCUAAAAAAUUAUCCACACAUCAAUGUUGAUUGGCUUCUUAGUGUUUUUAAUGUAUUAUUAAACAAUGGGGUGUAGAAAGGUUUUUUUAGUCCAGUAACAGAACAAAAAUCUUGGAGUGUUGAUGAAGAUUGGAUAGUCCUUUAUAAGGCCAAGCGCUUGGGUCUAAUUUUAACAUUCCACUCUUGUGUUUUAAUUUUCAAUAAUAUAAAAUAGACAAUAUAAAUAUUGCACGGUAUUGUUAUUAACAGUUUUGAUUGGGCAUAAUACAAAAUGAUUAAACCUUUUUCAUUUAACUGCUCAAAAGGUUAGUCAGUUAAAAUGUAAAUUUUAGAUCCAGAGUCGUCAAAAAUAUAUUAUUGGUGUAUAGGAGAAAUGAGUGUUAAAUACGGAUAUUGUUUAAUAGCUUUGUUAGAUUUCUCAGUAGCCAAUUGUACAGCAAGUAUCCCAAUAGAAAAUAUAACAGUAUUGUUGUAAUUAAGAUAUUAUUUGUUGGUUCUUUUAUUAUUUUGUUGAAUGUAUAUUUGUAAAAAAUCUUGUCCUGUGUAAAUUAGGUGACUAAAACUUACCUUCAAAUUGAAUCCUGUUAUCACUUGGUUGCUUUGAUCAUCCCCUCUGUCUUGUGAAUAAAUAGGUUACAAAUAAAGUUAUAACAAUGUUAAA